UGCAUGCAGCACAUCUGAACCUCUCUCAACCUUAAUCCUAGUCAAGACUUCCUCCAUCAGAAGUGUGAAACAACAAGAUGAAGAUCGCUCUGUUUACUGUGAUUCUUCUGGGGUGGAUGUGUGUUGGAGAAUCAGGUGAAAGUUCUUCAGAGAAUCAGUGUGUUCUGGCCUCAGAUACUCUUACUCUGCUGCAGAAGUGCUGAUCUUGUUCAUCUGCUCCGGUGUGUGUGUUCACUACCAAAGUCACUUUAAGACGAGUCAUUUCCCUCGACGGCCAUCUUAGACCUCUCGGUCAUGCAACUGCAGCUCUUAUCUCUUUAAAUGGGGAAACGUCAAAUUCUCCAAAGCGUUCAAUUAAAUUUAAUAUCUGAAAUCACCAAUGAAAUCUGACAACAACUGUCUCAUAAAUUUUGUUUCUAAACGCUCGAAUCAUGACAAAAAUGAGGGUAUUUUCCAGCCUGGAUCAAGCUAAUGCACAUGCGCGGUCCUAAAUGUGCGUCUCUAAAGAAAGCAGAACCUACAGCAAACUUGAUCACAACUAAAACUGCAACACAAAAGACCUGCACUGAGGGUGAUGAUCCUCCACCAGACUGCUGUCUAACUGUGACAGACACCAGAGUACCAGCUGAAAAGAUUGUGAGUUAUACCAUACAAGAGCCACCAAUAUGUCCUCUCAGAUCUGUAAGAUUCCACACCAAGAAAGACAUAAUUAUUUGUUCAGAUCCAGAGAGCAACUGGGCUAUGAAUGUUAUGAAGGUAGUAGAUGGGAGAACGACAACAAAUCCUACUGCAUGCUCUACAUAUACAACAACCAUGUUCCCAACUACAACACACAAAACACCGGGACCAGAGACUGAGACCAGUGAAUCACCCACCGAUGAUCAUCCAGACUGCUGUCUCACUGUGACAAACACCAGAGUACCAGUUGAAAACAUUGAGGAUUAUCACAUACAAGAGCAAACAGGAGUAUGUACUCUCAGAGCUGUAAGAUUCCUCACAAAGAAAGGCAAAUAUAUUUGUUUAGAUCCAGAUGACAGAUGGGCUAAGAGAGCAAUGGAGAUAGUCAAUAGGAGAAGGACACCGACAGAGGAACCUUCCAAAGAACCUGUUGUGUAUGAUCAGGGGUGUAAAGAGUACUUGAAAACCAUACUUGAGUACUCCUUUAGCACCCCCCUGUGUCCUGUGGUCUCCAACCAAAUAAGUUUGAGACCCUUCAGCACUGAAGAAAGUCUCACAAUUAGAAGAGAGCAACGGGACAAGAUGAAGUCCUCUCUGUUUUCUGCCAUUCUUUUCUGUAUUGGAUGGAUGAGUGUUGUGGUAACAGGUGAUGAUCGUCCACCAGACUGCUGUCUUACUGUGACAAACACCAGAGUACCAGUUAAAAACAUUGAGGAUUAUGAAAUACAAGAGUCAACAGGAGUAUGUGCUGUCAGAGCUGUAAGAUUCAUCACAAGGAAAGGCAUAAAUAUUUGUUCAGAUCCAGAUGACAGUUGGGCUAUCAGAGCGAUAAAUGAGGUGAACUGUAGAAAGAACAAGGAACCUUGUGUAAAAUCUACUACAUGCUUUACAAGUACAACAAACAUGAUCCCAACUACAACACACAAAACACCAGUAACAGAGACUGAGACCAGCACGAGUACAACUGCAUCAACAAAAGUGACGACAAUCGAAACAUCUGGACCGAAGACUGAGACCAGCACAACAACCACCCAACAAACUUCAGUGUCCAAAGAAAAGCCAAAAUCGCCUUCCAGUAAUGCAAAAACAUGUGGGACAGGUGGACCAGCUGCACCACCAAUUAAAACAACACGCGAAACACCUGGAAAAGGCACAGUUAUACAUCAGACCACAUCUUCAAGAACAACCAACACAGAAACAACAUCUACAAAGACCACCACAAGUCCACCAAAGAGGACAAAACUAUCACCGUUAUUAAUAAAAAAACGAAGGAAAAGCAAGAAACAACUUCAUAAGUAUCAGAAUAAAUCUGGAUAAAAUAGGACAAUUUGUAUAUACAUGCACACAUUUUACAGUAAGUUUGUACUCAGGGUUGUGAGUUGAAGCACUACAGAUAUACGUUGACUGGUCUUUUAGCUGUACGCUGUAAAAAAGAAUUGUUGGUUUAACUUAAAGUAAGUUUGAGUUAAUACAAUGAAGGCGAUUGGUUUAAUCAACAGAAACUCAAAAUAUCAUGUUAUCUGAACCACAUUAAUUACUGAAGUUGAUUUGACAAAAGAACAAAAUGUGGUAACAAAUCAUGACAUAUUUUUUUACAGUUAAGUGUCAGUUUUGACCAGUUGUUUUUCUACUGAGUGUGUCAUUUAAAAUAAUUUACUUUGUUAUUGUUUAUUAAUAAAUUAAUUCAGUAAAUAUUUGUUUAUAAAUAAAAUGUAGACCCAUUACUUUAUUACAAUAACCAAUUAAAA